CGGCCGUAGUUUCGUUCGCGGCUGCUGGGCGAGUGCCAUGGUGCUAGCAAGGACGACCCGCCGACCGCUGCUGCUGUUGCUCGUCCUGCUUCUAUGCACUACGCCGAUGGUGCUUGGCAUCGGCGCCACGCUGCUUCAGCUCUGUCCGUCUAUCACGUCGACGCCGUCGGCGUGCGUGCGUCAAGGCGGCAAUGGCAGCGUCAGUGUCAUCGCCGCCAACGACUCGGGCGCCAUCGACCUCUUCAACAUGUCUAUCACGACUGUCGAAGAGCUGCCCGUGCAAUUCACGACCUUGAACUUGUCCAAGAACCUCAUCGACUCGGUGCGGUCCAUGUACCUUGGCCCAUCGCGUCUCUCCAGCCUCGACUUGAGCCACAAUAGCAUCCAGUCGUACAGCCGCUUGGCGCUCCCAACGACGCUGACCGUUCUGGACUUGAGCUUCAACAACUUGACGCGGCUCGACGCAACGACCAUCAAUUGGAUGUUGUUUCCCAACCUUACCAAGCUGAUCCUCCGCGGCAACAACAUCACGUCCAUUUCCAGCACGCAUUUCCCAGCGUCGCUUCAGCACUUGGACCUGUCGAUGAACCCCAUUUGCCGGUUUGACAUUGAUCCGACCACGUACUACCAAUUCCGCAGCGAUUCGUUCGAGUUGAUGGCGUCCAUGGCCCCGAACGCGUUUCAAAUGGCGUGCGUGAGCUGCCCCGGCACGCUCGUGGUCGGCCAAGGCCUCGCGCUCUGUGUGUUCGAGGGGUCGCGCGAGCACCUCUUGAACCAGACCCAAGACUACUUCUUACGCUACUCGAUUGCGAUUUCGACCGUCACGGUGCUCCUCAUGGCCGUGCUCUGGUUCCGCCGGUACCGGCAAAUACAGCGCGACCGCGCCGAGCUCUCGAUGCGCGACACGUGCACGAGCUCCAUCUGCGCGCAGUACGACGGCGUCCCGAUGCAGUACCGCAUUUCGCUGUCGCCACCGGCCGCAGCCCCGACCAUCUCGAGUAGUCGUUGCAUGCGGCCAUCGACCGACACCCAGCGUACAGACGCAAGCACGGCGACGUCUGCCUUCCGCCCAUGCGAUCGGUCGAGCAUAUAGGUUACGAAGAGUCUCGUGGAAACUUGGAUUUAUGUGACUCGAGCAAGACACGACUGUACCAAUACCAGUAGUAUUAGCUUCAUGAUGCACGCGUCUUCUUGCAUAGAAGCGCCCAUGUGUAUGUACUUCGUC